AUGGCACACUUUGCUUACCUGGUGCUGGUCCUUUUCGGUUCGGGGGCCGCGGAGGGGAGACCAAACUCCGAGCCUUCCGCCCGCCGGCUGCGAGGGCUAAAGGAGGAAGUCUCCAACGAGGGAGUCGAUGCAGGAUGGUCCUCUUGGAACCCGGAUCCUGAGGUCCUGGUGUGGGAUGAGCAAGUAUCGACGAAGGAUGGACUUCAGAGUUACUUCGGCUGGCUGAAGACACCCCUAGUGCACGACAUGGCGAUGUUGCCUUAUGAAGAGGUGCCCUAUGUUUGCUUGCGUGUCCGUGCAAUUCCGGCAACAGAGCAGCCUGCCAAGAACGGUCCCUUGCUGUUCCACUGUGGUGGCCCAGGUUCCGGCAACGAAUGCGCUGCAGAUAGCAGUCGUUCUUUUGACAUUAACGGGGAAGGCAACCAGAGCCGACACAAAGACUUCGACUGGUGGUCCGUGGACCAGCGCGGAGUGGGCACCGAAGGACAUAGCAUGAACAUCACUACACCGCCGUGUCCUUUCAACUACAGCACGGGGGAGCCGAUCCUUCCUUUUCCUCGGAUGCAAUGCAGCUUGACGCUGGGUGCCAACGUGUCCGAGAGCGCUGUUGGUGAGGCCGCGCCGUACGUGGAGUCGAUUCUCCAGUUCGGGGGAUUGCAGGCGACGGCAUCGGGGAAGCACUUCAACGAGACUUUUGUGCGCUGGUAUUACCGGUUGCUCAAACUUGAGCACGGUCUUUGCUACAAUGCCCCGCGAUUUAAGCUCCAGUCACCAAGCGGUCGCGAGUACAACGCUCUGCAAUUUGGUGGUACGAUGGAUCUGGCUCAAGACAUUGACCAGUUUCGGCGUGCCGUGGGGGCACCUCACAUGUCGAUCUACGGGGCAUCCUACGGUAGUGCAGUUGCCGGGGUUUAUGGCACGAUCUUCGCGAAGUACGCGAAGCAUCUGGUCUUGGACGGUGUCUUGGAUCCCUUCCCAGAUGUGGAGGAAAGAGGGGCAUUGUUCAUCAAAGCCAUCACGGCUACAUGGAACGGCAUAACGCGCGCAUGUGACCUGUCUGCAAUGGACAGCAGCGCAGAAGAACCCCGCCCCGCUGCGCCGUUGUCAGAGUCCAAGGCUCUAAGCCUGAUCCAAGAUUCGAGCGAUCCAUCUCGGGCAUCUUUAAUUUUUCAACUCCUGCAACGGGUGUUUUACGGCAAACUUGCAGACAUGUUCGCCAGUGUCUUGUUUGCCUGUGUGGAGAAGCAUUCAGCUGGGCGGGACGUUGGGUGCCCAGAUUGGCUACAGAGCAUCGUGCCGGACGACGACUUUGGCUACUCCGACUGGUUGGACCAGGUGGUCGCCUCAAAUGAGACAUCUUUUGACGAAGACUGGUUCCGUUCGGGUAUCCAUGCACUGGUUCUUGGCACGGACACCGCCGGUAGACUGAAUGAAGAGGCCUUCAUUCGUUGGUGGCGGAUGUCCAUGUUGACACAACCCCUCGCCACGCCGUUCCAGUUGGCUUGGGUCGUGGCCAUCAGCACUUGGCCAGCAACUGCAAGACCAGUGCCGCCCAUGGGGGAUGCCAGCAUCAGGCCCGUGAUUGUAGGGAACUUGCACGAUCCUCGAACUGCAUACACAAGCGCCCAGCUGGCGCGACGUGCCUUUCCACAGAGCCAUCUCAUCACUUGGCAGGGCAUUGGCCAUUGCCUCGUACCGGAGGGUCCGGUGGGCAAGGGGCUUCUGGCCGAAUACGAGAAGGCCAAGCAGGAGCACCACCUCAUGAACUACACUGAAGAAAUGGCCAGAUAUGAUGCAGCUGUGCUGCACUUGUACAGCUACCCGGCAGUGGCAUCCAUCGUAUGA